AUGAACGAAUGUACGGGAGCCUGCCUAGGUGCUCAGCUUGCAGAGUCCCUCGGGAAAGGCGGAGCUGUCAACCUCAAUGCGCACAAGCCCGUAGUGACCAGUGUGGAGCCCGCGCCCCGCUUUCCUCUGCUCCCGCCCCUGGCGCGGGACGCCCGCGGCGGCUCCCUGAAAACUUUCCGGGCGCUGCUCACCUUAGCGGCGGGUGCAGACGGCCCGCCCGGGCAGCCUCUGGGUGAGCGCAUGCGGCACGUGCCAACCGGACGGCCCCAACGGGAGAAACGCGCCGCGGUGCAUGGGGGCGUCUUCUGGAGCCGCGGCCUGGAGGAGCAGGUGCCCCGGGGCUUCUCCGAGGCCCAGGCGGCGGCGUGGCUGGAGGCGGCGCGCGGCGCCCGUGUGGUGGCCCUGGAGCGCGGGGGCUGCGGGCGCAGCUCCAACCGCCUGGCCCGCUUCGCCGACGGCACCCGCGCCUGCGUGCGCUACGGCAUCAACCCUGAGCAGAUACAGGGCGAGGCCCUGUCCUACUACCUGGCGCGCCUGCUGGGCCUCCAGCGCCACGUGCCGCCCCUGGCACUAGCCCGGGUGGAGGCUCGGGGCGCGCAGUGGGCUCAGGUGCAGGAGGAGCUUCGUGCCGCGCACUGGACAGAGGGUAGCGUGGUAAGCCUAACUCGCUGGCUGCCCAACCUCACGGACGUGGUGGUGCCCUCGCCCUGGCGCUCCGAGGACGGCCAUCUACGGCCCCUGCGCGCCGCCGGGGGCGAGCUGGCCAACCGCAGCCAGGCGGAGCUGGUGGACCUGGUGCAAUGGACAGACUUGAUCCUCUUCGACUAUCUGACGGCCAACUUCGACCGGCUAGUCAGCAACCUCUUCAGCCUGCAGUGGGACCCGCGGGUCAUGCAGCGCGCCACAAGCAACCUGCACCGCGGCCCCGGCGGGGCGCUGGUUUUUCUGGACAACGAGGCGGGCUUGGUGCACGGCUACCGGGUGGCGGGCAUGUGGGACAAGUAUAACGAGCCGCUGCUGCAGUCAGUAUGCGUGUUCCGCGAGCGGACAGCGCGGCGCGUCCUGGAGCUGCACCGCGGCCAGGACGCGGCCGCCCGGCUGCUGCGCCUCUACCAGCACCACGAGCCUCGCUUCCCGGAGCUGGCUGCUCUCGCCGAGCCCCACGCUCAGCUGCUACAGCGCCGCCUGGACUUCCUCGCCAAGCACAUUUUGCACUGUAAGGCUAAGUACGGCCGCUGACCAGGGACUUAGCAUCCCCCGGAGGAAUAAAGAGAGAGAGAGAGACCUCUGGCUGGGGAAUGAAUGAUGGGGGAAGGGCCGUUGACUCUACCACCGCCUGGGACCAGCCGGCCAACGCCCAGCUGGAGACUCGAGAGUGAAGGCAGCUAAAAACUUCUACUUCACCCACCUGCCUCUUUCUCUCAGUCCCAAGCUGUUUGCUUUCAAAGUUCUGAGAGGACGCGCUCACCCAGGCGAGAAGUGUAACAUUCCCUCCACCCAGCCUAUGAAAGGAUUCUUCCCUGUGCCAGCACGGAGUUUGCAUCCAAAGAAACUGGCUGCUGCUGGAGUUUGGCCCCCCGGUGGCCGUCUCUGUGGGAGAUACAUCCCAUUCCAUGGCCCCCUCCUUCCCUUUCCGAAAAAGGAAAACUUCUAUUUGAGCCUUUGGGCUAAUUCUACAAUUUUCUACCAAACGCAGCGCUGGUGGUCCCCUGAGCAGGGCUAUGACAUUGGCUGGUGGAGCCCCCUUCCUGUGUUCUCCCUUUGUUCCGGCUCUGUGAUGGUGAGAUCACUGUUAAGAGCUGAGGAACCGCUCCCGAUAGGACAAAGGGAGCGGAACCUACAGGAUGGGGGGAGUCCUGCAGACCCUGACAAUUUGUCUGACUUGUUCCUUACAGCUUGUCAUUUUGGCCUGAAGGCUACAAAUGCUGGACCGGCUGUAUGCACUGACUCAAAUAAUGAAUUUCUUCUUCCUCCCCCUUCCCAAGCGUCCAAAAUUUUGAUAGUGAUGAUGUUCACCAGAAGGGGGGAAAAUCAAUUUCAUGCACUUUACUUUGUUUUUAUUUUAAUUUUUUAUUAAGAAAAAUUUUUUAUUUGACAGAAUUUGCCUUCUAUGUAUAUAUGUGCAUAAAGUGUGGUAUAAAUAUACUAAACAAACUUAUAUUUCAAUAAAAGGGAGUUGAAAAUUUAGAAUUUA